UUUAAAUCCGGAGGUGGCCGCCCGAUGAAAAUGACUGCCGGUCAUUGCUAAAGGGGAGUCCCUGCCACUGGAGUAACAUGCCCCUAGCUGUCCGGCUCUCAUUUCGGGAAACCCAUCACGGCUAACCCGGGCUCUGGCGUCAGACCGCUAGCAGGGGAGAUAACCUGAUAAACAAACAAAUAAAUAAAUAAUCUCCAAAAAAACUGAAAUACAAAAUUCCUGUCGGGGAGCGGCUGAACUGAAGGUGUUACAUCGUUAAGACGGCAGACAACGUGGAGAGGGAAUUGAAAGUAGAAUACCUGUACCCUUACUCUUGACCCCACAGACUCCCUAGCUGUAUCUAGUAGUAAAUAGUGUUUCAGUUCUGUUAUUAUUAUUAUUUUUUAAACAAACAAAUUACGAGCGCGCGUUUUAAUCCGUUAGUUAGCGAAGAAGGGGACUUUUCUGACAAAAAAAAUUAAAAGUAAAACAGCCGAUAGCACGAUGGCUAACAACGCCGCCGACCACCCGACGGGGAACUCCGUCGCCGAGGGCAACCACGAGGGGGACUUCGGCUGCACGGUGAUGAACCUGCGGGAGCUGAUGGAGCUGAGGAGCGGGGAGGCCGUCGCCAAGAUCCGCGACGACUACGGCGACGUGCAGGGCCUCUGCCGCCGCCUGAAGACCUCGCCCAUCGAAGGACUCUCUGGCAACCCAGUGGACUUGGAGAAGCGUCACGGUGCGUUCGGGAAGAACUUCAUCCCGCCCAAGAAGGCCAAGACCUUCCUGCAGCUAGUAUGGGAGGCCCUUCAAGACGUCACCCUCAUCAUCCUGGAAGUGGCUGCCAUCAUCUCCCUGGGGCUUUCCUUUUAUCACCCACCAGGGGGCGACAGCCAGAUGUGUGGUCAGGCUGCGGCCGGCGCGGAGGACGAAGGCGAGGCCCAGGCCGGCUGGAUCGAGGGCGCCGCCAUCCUCUUCUCCGUGAUCAUCGUGGUGCUGGUGACGGCCUUCAACGACUGGAGCAAGGAGAAGCAGUUCCGCGGGCUGCAGAGCCGCAUCGAGCAGGAGCAGAAGUUCACCGUCAUCCGCAAGGGCCAGGUCAUCCAGAUCCCCGUGGCCGAGAUCGUGGUGGGGGACAUCGCCCAGAUCAAAUACGGUGACCUGCUGCCCACCGACGGCAUCCUGAUCCAGGGCAACGACCUGAAGAUCGACGAGAGCUCGCUGACGGGGGAGUCGGACCACGUCAAGAAGUCCCUGGAGAAGGACCCCAUGCUGCUGUCCGGUACCCACGUGAUGGAAGGUUCCGGAAGGAUGUUGGUCUCCGCGGUCGGCCUCAACUCUCAAACGGGAAUCAUCUUCACCUUGCUAGGCGCCGGCGGCGAGGAGGAGGAGAAGAAGGUGAAAAAAGGUAAAAAACAAGGAGCCCCAGAGAAUCGGAACAAAGCCAAGACCCAGGACGGCGUGGCCCUGGAGAUCCAGCCGCUGAAGAGCGAAGAGGGCGUGGAGUCGGAGGAGAAGGAGGAGAAAGAGGAGAAGCCCGUCAAGAAGGUCAACGUCACCAAGAAGGAGAAGUCGGUCCUGCAGGGCAAGCUGACGAGGCUGGCGGUGCAGAUCGGGAAAGCAGGCCUGAUCAUGUCCGCCGUGACCGUCAUCAUCCUCAUCCUGUACUUCGUCAUCGACACGUUCGGCGUGCAGAAGCGGCCCUGGCUGAAGGAGUGCACCCCGAUCUACAUCCAGUACUUCGUCAAGUUCUUCAUCAUCGGCGUGACGGUGCUGGUGGUGGCGGUGCCUGAGGGCCUCCCACUGGCCGUCACCAUCUCGCUGGCGUACUCUGUGAAGAAAAUGAUGAAAGACAACAACCUGGUGCGGCACUUGGACGCCUGCGAGACCAUGGGCAACGCCACGGCCAUCUGCUCCGACAAGACGGGCACGCUCACCAUGAACCGCAUGACGGUGGUGCAGGCGUACGUGGGCGACACCCACUACCGCACCGUGCCCGAGCCGGACGCCCUGUGCCCCUCCACGCUCGAGCUCAUGGUCAACAGCAUCGCCGUCAACUCGGCCUACACCACCAAGAUCCUGCCGCCGGAGAGAGAGGGGGGCCUGCCCCGGCACGUGGGGAACAAGACGGAGUGCUCCCUGCUGGGCCUGGUGCUGGAGCUGAAGCGGGACUACCAGCCCGUGCGGGACGAGGUGCCCGAGGAGAAGCUCUACAAGGUGUACACCUUCAACUCCUCCCGCAAGAGCAUGAGCACGGUGCUGAAGAACCCGGACGGGUCGUACCGCAUGUACAGCAAGGGCGCCUCCGAGAUCGUCCUGCGCAAGUGCUCCCGCAUCCUGGACGGGUCGGGGCAGGCCCGGGUCUUCCACCCCAAGGACCGGGACGAGAUGGUGCACAAGGUGAUCGAGCCCAUGGCCUGCGAGGGGCUGCGCACCAUCUGCCUGGCGUACCGCGACUUCCCCGCCUCGCCGGAGCCCGACUGGGACCAGGAGAACGACAUCCUGUCCGAGCUCACCUGCCUCGCCGUGGUGGGCAUCGAGGACCCCGUCCGGCCGGAGGUACCGGAGGCCAUUUCCAAGUGCCAGAGGGCGGGCAUCACCGUGAGGAUGGUGACCGGCGACAACAUCAACACGGCCCGCGCCAUCGCCACCAAGUGCGGGAUCCUCCUUCCCGGGGAGGACUUCCUGUGCAUGGAGGGGAAGGAGUUCAAUCGCCACAUCCGCAAUGACAUGGGAGAGGUGGAGCAGGAGCGCCUGGACAAGGUCUGGCCCAAACUACGGGUGUUGGCCCGAUCUUCCCCCACCGACAAGCACACGCUGGUCAAAGGAAUCAUCGACAGCACCGUCGGGGAAACGAGGCAAGUGGUCGCCGUGACGGGGGACGGAACCAACGACGGACCUGCGCUCAAAAAGGCCGACGUGGGAUUCGCUAUGGGCAUCGCUGGCACGGACGUGGCCAAGGAGGCGUCGGACAUCAUCCUGACGGACGACAACUUCACCAGCAUCGUCAAGGCAGUCAUGUGGGGUCGCAACGUCUACGACAGCAUCUCCAAGUUCCUGCAGUUCCAGCUGACGGUGAACGUCGUGGCGGUCAUCGUGGCCUUCACCGGAGCCUGCAUCACCCAGGACUCCCCCCUGAAGGCGGUGCAGAUGCUGUGGGUGAACCUGAUCAUGGACACCCUGGCCUCGCUGGCCCUGGCGACCGAGCCCCCGACCGAGUCGCUGCUGCUCCGCAGGCCCUACGGCCGUAACAAGCCGCUCAUCUCCCGCACCAUGAUGAAGAACAUCCUGGGCCACGCCGUCUACCAGCUCACCAUCAUCUUCACGCUGCUCUUCGCUGGGGAGAACUUCUUCGACAUCGACAGCGGCCGCAACGCCCCCCUGCACUCGCCCCCCUCCGAGCACUACACCAUCGUCUUCAACGUCUUCGUCAUGAUGCAGCUCUUCAACGAGAUCAACGCCCGCAAGAUCCACGGCGAGAGGAACGUCUUCGAGGGCGUCUACCGCAACCCCAUCUUCUGCAGCGUGGUCCUCGGCACCUUCGCCCUUCAGAUCAUUAUUGUGCAGUUUGGAGGGAAGCCUUUCUCCUGCACCGCCCUCACCAUCGACCAAUGGCUGUGGUGCAUCUUUAUUGGUGUGGGGGAGCUGCUCUGGGGACAGCUCAUCUCGGCCGUUCCCACGCACCGGCUGAAGUUCCUGAAGGAGGCGGGCCACGGGGGCACCAAGGAGGAGAUCCACGACGAGGAGAUGGUGGGAGGCGUGGACGAGAUCGACCACGCCGAAAUGGAGCUCCGCAGGGGCCAGAUCCUCUGGUUCCGUGGGCUGAACCGCAUCCAGACUCAGAUGGACGUUGUUUAUACAUUCCAGACGGGCCAGACCGCCGUCCCCGGGGCCCUGCGCCGGCAGCCCUCGGUGGUCAGCCAGCACAACGACGCAAAAACUGUUUCUAGCCCCACCCACAUUAAAGUGGUCAACGCGUUCCGCAGCUCUCUGUACGAGGGGCUGGAGAAGCCGGAAUCCCGAAGCUCCAUCCACAACUUUAUGUCCCAUCCCGAAUUCGGCCCCAUGUCCGAGGAAGAAGAGGCUAGGAUCCCCACGAUAGAGGAGAACGGCGUCGAGAUCGAGACCCACCCCGAGCCCUCCAAAGGCCCCGUUGGGGGGUCGGGGGGGGCCUCUACCUCGGGGGCCGGGGCACCCCCCGGGAACCCCCUCCACAGCCAGGAGACCUCGGUCUGAUGACCCCGCCCCAAACGCACACACGCACACACACAGACACACACACGCACGCACGCACACACACACAC